CGGCGGGCACGGCAUGAUCAUGAAGAAGUUCGCAGCGCUUGAUCAGCGGUUCUCGGUCCAAGUCGAGGGCAGAUGAGUUCCCCGGCUGGAGGGCCGUCGAUCUUCCAGCCCAGGAGGAACAAGGCCGGACAACUGACCUCGAGCGUGCUAGGGCCAUCUCGAGCAGCGUCAUCAGCGCCCUCGCCCGGCAGCAGCAGUCAUGUUCAGCGCACGCUUAAGACAGAGACACCCAAUGGCUCCAGUCCUCGAGACGUGCGCAACUCGAGAUCGCCCCAGGCAGCCGCUGCACAGAGUCCCGCCAGUUUGGGCGCCUACAAUACGUAUGAGAUCCGUAGUGCGACGAGGGAGCAGCUCGAGCGAUGGAAGCACAAUAUCAUGAAAUUCCCUGCUGGCGAGGAUGACAUCGUCGUCGAUCCCACGACAUGGUCCCGUCCUGUACAACUCACCCGCAAAGACUUGGAGACAAUGCAACAGAUUGAAGAGGCGCGAUUGCUCAGAGAGGCAGAGCAAGCUACUCUCGAGCGCAAGCGAGCAAAGAUGACGCCUGCCCAGCUCGCGCGCUCGAAGAUGCUCGAAGAUCUCGCAGCCGAGCGGGAUCGUGCAACCCAGGCAGACGCAAGUCUCGUCGGCCCGACGCUCGCCGAGUCCAAAUACGGCAGCGUAGCGGGCGAGGGCGAUGCUGUAUCGGAAGCCAUCAAGCCCACGAAACCCAAGUCUCGUCAGAUCUAUGCGACCGAGAACUCGCUGCGCAAUAAGCGUGUCAUGCACGAGGAAGCCCAUCCAUGGGUACUCGAAGAAGCAUCUCACCAGGGCAGCAAGGAUGACAUGAAGAUGUCGACCUCGCAGGACGGUGAAGAUGAGACGUCGCAUGGCAAAUGGAUCGGAAGGAUGGAAGGCUCCUCCGGCGAUCUCAUCAAGUCAGAACGCGGCUCAGCAGCCAGCUAUGUUCUCCUCGUUGCCGAGGCAAACGAUACAGCUCUCCGCGUCUUGCCUGUGCAUAGAUGGUACAAAUUCAAUCAGCAACCGCCUUAUAAGACCCUCAAUCCAGACGAAGCAGAAGAGCUCUAUGCGCGAAUGCAAAAGGGUCAAGACACAGAGACUUUCUUCCGCAAGCGUAGAGCAGAACAAGCAAAGCUGCAACCGUCACCAAGUCGCUCCCGCCCGACCGUCGCACAGGCUUCUGCAGCCGAAGGAGGCACCAAGAUUCGUCUCUCGCUUCCUGGCGCAUCGCCCCCGCCCCCUCGCGUCAAAAGGGAGUCUACGCCUGUCAUCAAGCAAGAGGGCUCUCGUUUCAAGAAAGAGGCUGAAAAUCAUUACGCUAUCGUGGGUGGCCGCGUUACUCGACUAGACCAAGGCGUUGUGGAUCGCGGUGGACGAUCUGCAAUGACCGGAGACGACGACGACGAUAUGCCUGCUUCGCAUAGACGCAAGAAUGAAGCCGAGGGUGAAUUCGACGAAUUCGACUUUGAAGAUGACUUUCAGGACGAUGAGGAAGGCAUUGGCAAGGUCGGGGAUGAAGCUGAUGAUGACGAAGAAGCAGCAAAGGAGCUCGAGGAACGACUCAAACGCGAAUUGCGUGCUGCAAACAAGACAGGCGAAGCGGCUUUGCCAGACGAUGACGAGAAUGAGGAGAACGAGCGCUUCGGACUGACUCCUCGCAAUCUCAAUUCGGCUGGCAAAGCGGCCAAGAAGCUUCUGAAGAAGCAUGCACCCAAGACACAAACGAUGAGCGAUGAUGAAGAGUCUAAUCCCUAUCUAUCCUCGCCUUCCGAGAGCGGCAGCGACGAUGGUGCGACUGACGCAACGAAACCUACUUCGAGCGAGUCUCGAUCCGUCAAUUCGUCACUGCCCGGCACACCUCUCUAUCGCUCAGACUCGCACAGCGGUAAAACGGCACGUCCAGAGCACAGGAACCGCGAUCGAACGCACAGCGGCCGGCAAUCGCCUUCUGGCUCUCGUGGCGCUUCUCCUGGCCUCAGCACGAGCACGAGCGGUUCCGCACAUAUUGCCAAGCGAGCGACGAGUCCGAGUGGACGCAGUCAGAGAUCUGCCAGCCCGCCAUUGCAGAGCAGCAAACGCAAGGCAGAUCGUGACGAUGCCACGGGCGCAAAGCGGCCUCGUCCUGCUUCUCCCCAGGCCGGAAGAGCAGGAUCGCCUACCACGCCAGGUGGAUUUGCCGGCACGGAUACGACGAUCACCCAGGCAGAGGUGGUUGCCGUUCUCCGCUCGCGCGGCCCAAUGACAGCAAAGCAGCUGCUGAGACUAUUCAGAGCCAAACUCUCAGCGGAUCCAGCAAACAGGGAGACGAUCUCAGCGAUCGUCCGAGCUAUUGUCGAACCCGUCGCUGGCGAAGACGGCGUUCAGCAGAUUCAACUCAAAGCCGAGUUCAGAUAGUCUCUGUACCUAGGGGCUGCAUCUGUCUAGCUGAACAUGAGACUAGCUGCGACGUCUGGAUUGCCCCCGCUCGCAUCGAGCAGUCUUAUGGCUUCUUGUCUGCUUACUCCUAGAGCCAUGAGACUGUCGAUUGCUUGAGAACUGUGUGAGCUAGCAGGUCCAGGUGCUGCGGGCUCUGAGGAGCUCGCCGGCGCCCCUGGAGUGAGAGUAUUGCCCGUUCCCGGAAAGCUUG